UCAGUCUGGUCUCAGAGCCAUGGAGGCCAAAGGAGGACUCUCAGACGAGGCUGCGUCUGCUGCCUGCAAAGAAGGAAAUCCCAUCACCAAGGACUACAUGAUGCAGCAGACGAUGCUGAGGGUCAAAGAGCCAGCGAGAUCUCUGGACUUCUACACCCGAAUCCUGGGCAUGACCUUGCUCCAGAAAAUCGACUUUCCUUCGAUGCGUUUCACCCACUACAUCCUGGGUUACGAGGACAAGUCGGACAUCCCGAAGGACAUCAAAGAGAGGACAGCGUGGACUUUCUCCUGCAGAGCCACCAUAGAGCUCAUACAUAACUGGGGCUCUGAGUCAGAUGAGAGUCUGUCCUAUCACAAUGGGAACACCACGCCGCACGGAUUUGGUCAUAUUGGCAUCGCUGUUCCUGAUGUUUACGCUGCCUGCAAAUUUUUUGAAGAGCAAAGAGUAACAUUUGUGAAGAAACCGGACUCAGGUAAAAUGAAGAACCUGGCCUUCAUUCAGGACCCUGACGGCUACUAUAUUGAGAUUUUUAGUCCGAAAAAAAUGGUGUCCUUAAUGUCACCUUAACACAGAGACAUGCUGGGAAACAUUGAGGGCAUCGCGGUUGGAUAACGCUGCUGAAUCGCUGCUAUGACUUCGUUUACAUGAGAGCCCUUUGACACCUGCAUUUAAACUCUGAUCUACGUCCAGCUCCUGUUGUUAUGUUGCUCAGCGACUUAUCUGGCUUCUCCUUUUCUAAAAAACAAACACACAAAGUUUUUGUCUGUCAUGAACAUGCUAACAUGCCGACGUUCAGCAGGUAUUUGUCAUGUUCACCGUCUUAGUUUAGUGUGUUAACUUGCUAACGUUUGCUAAUGAGCACUAAACACAGAUUGAGUGGGUUGCACAUGAAUGAAAUGUAGGGGAGAGCGGGGUGAGUUGAGCCAGUUUUUACUUGAAGCGUCUUUAAAGCGAGGACAUGACAGUAAUGUCUCCAACUAAAAUAUGUGCAUAUAUUUUAGGAUGUGUUGCGUCCCUGGGAAUAAUCAGUUUAGAUCUAAAAUAAACUGUUUUCAAAAUAUGGCUUUCCAAAAAGGAGUGGACUCUCGGCUGAACUAGGGGUAGGAUGAGCCACAUGGGGGUCGGGGACAUUAUUGUCAUUUCAUCGUGCAAACUGACCAUUAAGUUGCACUUAGAUAGUAAAACACCGCAGCCAUGUCUCCUGGUUGUUUCACAUCCGUGUAUCACUUUAAAGCCAUCCUGCUGAUCGUCAUGUCUCGUGCCAGCUGAUGAACGGACUUCCCCUUUUUGUUCCUCUCCCACUGCUCUGUCCAAACCCACAAGAGGAGUUGAAGCCGGUCUGACUUCCAUUUAUAGAAGCAUGACAUGAUGGUUUCUGCUCUAAAAUGCAUGAUGUCGCAUCAUUUCGGCGAUGCAGAAGAAUGUAAAGUAAAAUAGCAGUAAAAUAUCAGGCUCAACUUCCCCCAGGUCUUUUGGCUCAAAUGACUCCGGCCAUUUUAACAAAUUUGUGUCAUCCAGCAGUUUAAGAGUAACGUCAUGCAACAGCAUAGCCUCAUAUUGUAACUUCCUAAAGCUCUAACACAUGCGUAAGUUUUUCUCUAAACAUAAAAACACAGUUUUUUGAUCUUUAA